UAACCUCUUGGAUUAAGUCAGAAACAGCCACCUGCAUUAGUCUGGAUUAGUUAGAUUGAGGGAUCUGUGAAAACCAGGAAAUGAUUAUUGGAAGAAUGGCUAUUUAAUAUUUGAAAUUAUAUUAAUAAAAAUAUUAUGUAGCCUAAAAUGGUAGCAGGUUGCAGGGUACUAGGUCAUCUUCAAGGUUAAACAAGGACAAACAAUUUAUAUAAAUGAAAUAUUCUUAAUGAUUUGUAUAAUCAAACCUGAUUAAACAAUGUUAAAGCUGACGGUUGCUGUUCUCAGUACUCACAAGGCAUCUUCAAAGUUUAACAAUUGCAACAAAGCACAAAUAAUAUGGACUCACAACAGCUAUCCAACUCCACACUCGGGUUCUAGUGGAGCUAUUAGCACCACUAGCUGAUAGUUGUAAUGUCAUACAGGAAUGAAUAAUCAUAACUUCAAAAGCAGAUUAUUUUAACCUUCAUUAUCUCAAAUGAAGAACUAUUUUAAUGCAAAACUCAGAAGGUGAUUUUUUCUCCUCAAGACUUAAAAGGACCAUUUUAGUUGAUGACUAGACCUUAGUUCCUCUUACAGUAAACCUGCAGCUCUCAUUUAGCCUGAAUGAGAAAAUGAGAGAAUAAUCAUAAUGAUGAAAGCAGAGUGCAGAGCAUGGCAGAAACGUGUAUGUGAGGGUGCACGUUGAAGAUGAGGUCACGUAGAUGUGACAACAGCAGAGAAAGGAAGAGUUUUAACAACCUGCAAAAAGCACUUUUUCAUUUCAGACUAGUUUAAACAGUUCAGAACCAGAAUCAGGUUUAUUGCCAAGUAGCUUGGUAUUGUACUGCGGUACAGUCAAAAUUAUACACAAAAAAUUAAGUAAUCCUAAAUAGUAUUAAAAGAAAGAAAUUUACAAUAAAAAAUAUGUCAAAUAUAUAAGUGAGAAGAACUGUUAUAUGUUCAAAUUUUAAAUUGAAAUGAAUGAAAUUAAUUUUACAAAAUAUUGAUCAGAAUAAGGAAUAUGUUCAUUACUUGAAUGUUCAGUUAAACCUUAAGAUCAGAGCCUCCAAAAAGUGCAACGAUAGUUAUAACAGUCCUAAAACUACAAAAAUGGCAGCCUUGGUGACCGUCCACAUGGCCGCAGCUACAUUUUACGUCUUACGUCUUACGUUAAAGGCAGGGAGACGAAGAAAGGCUAAACGCCAUCUUGCUCUGUCGCCAUGGCUGCUUUAUACUUUAUAACUGUUUUCACGUUAUUUCUUUUGGCAUCUAACGCUGAAGAGAUAACAGUAAAGCCUGGAGAUGAUGUCACUCUUCAGUGUCAGAGUCCCACUGAUGCAACCAUCACAUUGUUAGAGUGGAGCAGACCUGACCUGAAGAAAGAUGGUUAUGUCUUCUUCUUCAGAGAGAACCGACCAUAUGAUUCCUUCCAGCAUCCAUCUUUUCGUGGUCGAGUGCAGCUGAAAGAUCCAGAGAUGAAGGACGGAGACGUUUCUGUGAUUCUGAAGAACGUCACCAUCAACGACACUGGAACAUACGAGUGUCGUGUUUCUGUGAUCGGCAAAAGACUUGAGCUCAUCAACACCACCUACCUGAAGGUUGAAGACUCAGGUCACACAGCUGGAAACACCUGGACUGAAGGACACAAGGAUGGAGGAGACAAGGAUGAAGGAAAGAAGGAGGCGGGAAAUCUAGGACUGACAGUUGGUCUGCCUGUUGCUGCUGUGCUUCUUCUUGUUGGUGUUAUUGUUGUUUGUGUGAUUUAUAGAAAACAUAAACAACGUCCUGACCAACAAGUUCACUAUAUAGCAGCUGUCCCCCAGCAGGUCUGAAAGGUCUCAGAUCUCUGAACUCCUGAAUCUUUGUGUCCUGCAGUUUUUUUUUCUUCCUUUUUUUCUUGCUGUAAUCAUUCCUCCUGUUCAUACCGAGUUCAUUACAGCUCUAAUCAAAAUGUGCUUUCAAUGCAAGUGAUAGUUUAUUUCUAGUGAGACGUUACUGAGCUUAUAAUGACUUUACUGUUUACUGUUGCCGCUCUAGAAACAAUAUUGUUAUAUUUAAAAUAUGAAAUCAAUUCUUAUCCUGUUCCAAAUGUAUUCUUUUUUAAAAUAUAUUUUUAGAAACAAUUCUUUUGUAAUGAAGAAGAAUUGAUAAGAGUAUCAAUUAGAGUCGCAGUAUCAAUAAAUCUUUACUACCUCCUGUGAAGUCUUUUCACACACUGAAGUUCUUCUGUUUAUGGUUUUUUUAAUGGGAUUGUUUUGACACAAUAAAGAUUGUUGUUUUUAA